AUGGUAAAAGCAGCUACCUCUGCGCACAAUAAAGCAGGAAAAGCUAAAAAAAAAUGGUCUAAAGGAAAAGUAAAAGAUAAAUCAAACAAUACAGUUAUUCUUGAUAAACAAACAUAUGAUAGGCUUUAUAAAGAUGUUUUAUCAUAUCGUUUUAUUUCAAUAUCAGUAUUCGUUGAUCGUUUUAAGAUUAAUGGAUCACUUGCUCGUAAAGCUUUAAAAGCACUUUUUGAAGAAGGAAUUAUUAAAAAAGUGGAUAUUCAUCAUGCACAAACAAUUUAUACACGAGCUACACCUGAAUAA